AGCGCUCAGCUAAAGAAAUAAAUUAUUUACACACUUUGAUAUACUACAUUUUUUAUUUCCUCUAUUCAUUCAAGUGUGUACAAACUUAUCAGUCUUUCAACUAUUUUUUUAUAUUACAGUAUGGUAGUGGACACCGAAAAGUACCUUAGACUGUCUACUAAGAGGGAACUACGUUACAUUGACAUUUGGUUCGUACACCAGUGCCUCAAUUUUCAUCUAACUCCGAAGUUUGCAUCACUUAAAACAUCAAAGAACAUUCCUAUUAAAAUAAAGUCAGAAAUAGAGAGAAAAUUACUCAGGAAAGAAAUAUGUAUUCAUUAUGCUAAAAUCAACUCCUUUGACAUUGAACUUAAAAUUUUGUAUGACAAGAUUGUAGAGGUCACUCCUUUUCUAGUUUUUCAGCAGAUACUUCAAGAACACCAUGAAGAAUUAGCACUAAUUAAACAGGUCAAAUUUGAUAAAAUCAACAAAAAACUUAAUUAUUUAAAAGCUGAACGUUCAGGUAACAAAUAUCCUAAUAACAAUAAAGAUAACAACAGGAAUCAGGUGAGUCACUUUUCUUCUCAUAAGUUUCAUACCAGAGUUAAGAACUUAACAAAUUGCAAUUUUAAUAAUGAAGAACUUGAUUUUUUGAGCAAGGGUUUAAAAUUCAGUACUCAAUCUAAACCAGAUACAAGCAACAUUGAGUUGUUAUGUGUAGAGAUAGAUAGUAUUAUAAAUAGUUUAGAUAUUUCAACAUCAGUCAAAAAUAACAUAAAAACAGCAUGUCUUUUUCAAUUAAAUCAACAAUAUCAUAGAUACACUAACAACAAAAAAUUGAUUUCUACCUACCACUCACAAAUAAAAAUUAUCAAGUCUAUUUCUCAUAAAAUAAGAACACAUGAACUCACAAUAACUAAAGCGGAUAAAGGGAACUGCCUAAUAAUAAUGUACAGUAAAGACUAUAUAAAUAAGGUUGAAAAUUUUCUAUCAGACAACACAUUUAUACCACUCAACAAGAGUCCAAUGAAUAAGUUAAAUACUGACUUAAAAGCCAUUUUAUCAAAUCACUCAACCUUCUUUGAACAUCUUCAAACUAAUCCCAAGUCAUUUAUUGUCAAGAACCCUUUAAUACCACGCCUAUAUGGACUUCCAAAAAUCCAUAAAUUAAAUUUCCCAAUCAGACCCGUUGUUAGCUUUGUUAAUACUCCUUUGUCGAACCUGGCCCAGUUUGUAAACAAACUGCUGAACGAUCUUAUCAACUAUUCUCCUAAGUAUACAGUCAAAAACACCCAAGAGUUAGUCUCUAAACUUUCUUCUAUAACUUUACCAUCCAACUUCAUAAUGGUCUCCUUCGAUGUGACAAAUCUCUUUACAAAUGUUCCAAGACAAGAAACCAUACCCAUUGUUAGUGAUUUAUUAUUAUCCAACAAAAUAGAUCCUCAAAAAAUCAUUCACAUCAAAUCUCUGCUACAAUUUUGCCUGUCUCAAGACUUUUUUGUAUUUAACAACAAACUAUACAGACAACCAGAAGGGCUAGCCAUGGGAAAUCCACUCUCUCCUUUGUUAGCUGAUCUUUUCCUAGAUUCACUUGAAACUAAGUUCGUACAAUCACGUCCUGAAAUUAUUCUUUGGCACAGAUAUGUAGAUGACAUCUUAGCCUUCAUUGAAGGUCCCACCAACACACCCAAUCACAUCCUAUCUCUGAUCAACGGUCUACACCCAUCUAUCAAAUUUACUCUUGAGACUGAAAUCAAUAAUAGUAUUAAUUUUCUAGAUUUGACUAUUGAAAAAACACCUUCUAAACUGGAAUUCUCAAUCUUCCGAAAACCUACACAAACUGACCACAUUAUCCCAAAUUCAUCUAAUCAUCCAUACCAACAAAAAAUGUCAGCUUUUCAUUGUUACAUACAUAGACUGUUGAACAUCCCUAUGUCUAAAGACAACUAUAAUAAUGAGGUUUCUAUACUAAAACAGUUAGCAGUCAACAACGGUUACUCUCCUUUGAUAAUAGACAACAUUAUAAGAAAGAAAUUGCUCAAAAUAAGAUUGAAUCAAGCUUUUCACACAGAUGAACACAAUACCAAAAACUGUAUUUACAGAUCUAUCUCUUAUUUGGGGCCAAUUUCAGAUAAAGUUUCAAGUGUAAUUUCAAAUAAAGUUGAGAACCUCAAAAUUUCAUUUAAAACUAAAAAUACCAUCAAAUCACUGUUUAGUAAAACCAAAGACAAAAUAGAUAAAUUAAAUAAAAGUGGCAUAUACAAGCUAUCUUGUGGUGACUGCAGUACCACCUAUGUUGGAAGGACAAUGAGAACCCUUUCUCAAAGAAUCAAGGAGCAUGUCAGAACUCCAGAAAAAUCAAACUUUGGCUAUCAUGUUAAUUCUACCAAUCAUUCCUUCUCUCCCACUAAAGACAGCCAAAUUUUGCAUAACAUUCCAUCUAAAAAUUAUAGAUUAAUGAAUUUGUUGGAGGACCUGGAGAUUUCUAGAGAGAUGAAGUCUAAUCCUGAUUUUUGUGUCAAUACUCAGAUCAAUUUGAAUUGUAAUUAUAAACCUUUAUUCAAGUAUCUAUGGGAGACAGUGGAGUAGUGACCUCAUACAAUCUUUAAUAUAUAUAAAAACUAGUGUAUUUAUAUUUAACAUUUAAUUUUAUAACUUAAAAUACAAAUAAGGAAAACUUGUGUCUAUUGGCCGGAUUUAUAUAUACAUUGUUGUAUUACAGAUAUUUACAUAACAUACUUAUAUCAUCAAGUAAUGAGAACUUUAGAAAUAAAACACUUAACAACAAGAGUGUUUGAAACUAUUUUGUUAAGAAUUGAAUUCCACUGAACACUAUUCUAUUGGUUUGUUAUCAAUGUCUUACAACAGUAGAAACUGAAUAUACUCAUUUUAACAUCUUAGCAUUUAAAUAAUUUAAUAUUUCUACUAUAAACAUUAACGAUUCAACUUAGUAAAAUAUCCAUACACUCUGUCAAGGUCAUUUCAAUGACUUACAUAAUUUACAAAAGAUGAAUAACAACAACAAUCUAAUAUUAUCUCAAUCUAUAAUUUCAAUGAUCUAAUAUCUCCUAGAAUAUUGAAUUUGAGAAUUCACCAUUAAAAACUGAUCUUCCUCAUUACUUAUUCCUGUUUUUAUUUUUUAUCUGACAAGGUGUGUAUGUAUGUUGGGCCAAUUAGUCUUAAAAUCAAUCAUGUUAUCAAUUAAUUUAUUAGUUGAUUAGUACAAACAUCUAAGGUACAUUUCCUUAAAAAUUUUUUAAAAAUUUUUAAUUUUUCUUUCAAAAAUGUUAAAAUUAUUCAGAAUUUAAUGUCAGAUGUCAUACGUCAACGCAGAACAGAUAAAAGCAGAUUUAAAUAUCCGACUUUGUCAGUCAGCUGUUUCUACUAGGCCAACAAUGGAUGGGUGAUACCUAUACCAUGAAAAAAUUCUUUUUGUGUUUGUGUAACGUGUAAUGUGGCCGUUUUUCUGUUUUUGCUGUUUGGGGUUGUACGGAGGAUAUCCAACCAAAAGUUAUUUUCACAAGAUGCAAAUGUUAACACCUCAAUUUUGUAGCGGUACUUUUUUAACAAUUGACCAUUAGCUCCGAUGAUGACAUUUAUGUCGAAAGCGCUCAGCUAAAGAAAUAAAUUAUUUACACACUUUGA